UCAUCCUCCUCCUCCUCCUCCUCCUCCUCUUCCUCCUCCUCUUCCUCCUCCUCCUCCUCCUCCUCCUCCUCUUCCUCCUCCUCCUCCUCUUCCUCCUCAUCCUCUUCCUCCUCCUCCUCCUCCUCCUCCUCCUCCUCCUCUUCCUCCUCCUCCUCCUCCUCCUCCUCCUCCUCCUCUUCCUCCUCCUCCUCCUCCUCCUCCUCCUCCUCCUCCUCCUCCUCCUCCUCCUCCUCCUCCUCCUCCUCCUCCUCCUCCUCCUCCUCCUCCUCCUCUUCCUCCUCCUCCUCCUCCUCCUCCUCCUCCUCCUCCUCCUCCUCCUCCUCCUCCUCCUCCUCCUCCUCCUCUUCCUCCUCCUCCUCCAUGCCAGACUCAGACUCUGGCUGCACCUCCUUCUUCUUCUCUCUGAUGGUCACUGCUCCUUUCUCGGCCUGA